GGGAUACUUAAGAAAUCAUUAAAAAAAAAAAAACAAUCACAGAGAGAGAAGACGCCAAGAAUAUGGAGGUAACUCAAGUGCUGCACAUGAAUGGGGGCAUGGGAGAAGCAAGCUAUGCAAACAAUUCCUUAGUUCAGCAAAAGGUGCUGACACUGACAAAGCCGAUUCGAGAGGAAGCCAUAACCAACUUGUGCCGCAGAAGGCUCCCUGAAAGACUAGCGAUUGCAGACCUGGGUUGCUCUUCUGGUCCAAACACUUUCUUUGUGGUUUUUGAAGUUAUCAAAAUAGUGGAGAAGCUUUGCCGAGAGCUUAACCAUCAGUCUCCAGAAUACCAAGUCUUCUUGAACGAUCUUCCAGGAAAUGACUUCAACAACAUCUUCAGGUCUCUUGGAAGCUUCAACGAAAAACUCAGUGAUGAAAUGGUUUCUGGGGUUGGUCAUUGCUUCUUAGUCGGGGUCCCUGGUUCCUUCUAUGGCAGGGUUUUUCCUUCAAAAAGUCUCCAUUUUGUCCAUUCCUCUUAUAGCCUUCAAUGGCUAUCUCAGGUUCCCGAGGGCGUGGAGAACAAUAAGGGCAACAUCUACAUGGCAAGCACAAGCCCUUCAAAUGUGUUGAAGGCUUAUUACCAGCAAUUUCAAAAAGACUUUUCAUUGUUUCUCGAGUGUCGCGCAAAGGAAGUGGUGGAAGGGGGUUACAUGGUGCUCACAUUUUUAGGAAGAAAAAGCGAUGAUCCCUCUAGCAAAGAAUGCUGCCUUGUUUGGGAACUUAUGGCUAAAGCUCUCAAUGAUAUGGCCUCCGUGGGAAUGCUGAAAGAAGAGGAAGUGGACUCGUUCAAUAUACCCCAAUACACACCAUCCCCAUCUGAAGUGGAACAAGAGAUAGAGAAAGAAGGGUCAUUCAACAUCAAUCGCAUGGAGGUAUCAUCAGUGAAUUGGAAUGCGUACGAUGACUGGAACGCAGUAGACAGUGAAUUUAGUAAGUCUGAAGUAGAGAGUGACGGUGGAUAUAAUGUCACAAAGUGCAUGAGAGCUGUGGCCGAACCUUUACUGAUCAGCCACUUCGGAGAGGGUAUCAUCGAAGAAGUUUUCAAGAGGUACCAAGAGAUCUUAACAGACCGUAUGUCCAAAGAGAAGACUGAAUUCAUCAACGUCACCUUGUCUGUGACUAGAAAAGCAUGAUCACCAAGAUUCACCGUACUUUAUAUUUGCAUAUUUGAAGACUUAAGCUGUCUUGAAUAACUUCCUUGGUCUUUUGAAUUGGAGUUGUGGAUAGCUUUAUUUAUGUGUGUUGAAGCCUGGGAUUUGUGAUGUUUGAUUUGCAUAUGUAAAUGUGAAAGCAAAGGUCGCUCCAACAUUACCAUCUCCCUAAUCAAUAGGUUAGGGAACAAAGUUGCCGGUUGCUUGCGACUUGAGAGAGACCUAGCCGAGUGGCCGAAGCAUUGGCCAAGAGUUGUAUGUUGGUUUUCCUGGAGCUUUUAUGAUACAGGCUGUGCUUUGAAUUAUACACUUUUAUUGCUUUAUUGUC